AUGGGUCGCUGGGGUUGGCGUCUUUUUGAAAGCGACCAGGACCUGGACGCCGCCUGCGGCCUGGCAGAAGGCCUGGGGUUUGAAAUGGACGACUGGGAGCACACAAUGAGCUCAAUGGUGCACCAGACCGACAUGCUAGCUGGCGCGGCGGCACGUGAGUACUACAAGACCGAAGAGUACAAACAGGAGCUAGAGAACGAGAUCGUGCCCUACAUCCGCGCAAAGCUCGAUACCGAUAACCUUGGCGACAGGCUCUUUGCUGCUGCUCGUACACAGGAGAACAAUCAAACGGUUCCUUGUACUAAAUACAGGACGAUCAUCUUGGGCGCGCUAAUGAUGCGGGCCGGCGCAAGGAUCAGGGCUGACGACUUGCAGCAUCUGCGAGACCUGGUCCCACAGAUUCAAUGCAACUCGCAGUUUGUCUUGCCUCUCUUCGAUGAGGGCUUUCGUAGUCCCGGGAGGGCUCAGUUUCUCGCUGCUCUGGACCACUACCAGGCGGGCGUGCCACGCAACUAUCAGGAGCCGAGGUAA